GUUCACUUCAGUAUCCACUGCUACAUCAUGUCUGCCCCACAAACCACUACUCAAUUCGCCCCCACCGACGCAGCCUUCGCCGGUGAUAACCAAGUUGCCCCCGCCACCAACAAAGGGUUGGGCCGCGGCGGUGUUGGAAAGCAAAAGGAGGCUCUGAAGCUUCGCUUGGACCUUAACCUCGAGGUCGAGAUUGCCAUUCAGGCCAAGGUCAACGGCGACAUCACUCUUUCACUCCUUGAGUAAACGGUUCUUGGACUCAAAUCGAGGGAAUCCCGCUCGUUGCUGGUUCAUCAG